AUGACAGCACCGCCGCUUUUGCGUCCGCCAGGAUCAAAUCCCAAGAAUGCUUCACGUCGUCACAAGCUGCCAUCUCUCAAAAUAUCCACGCCAUCGGGCCAAAGUCAAACGCCCCGGCUUCAAGAUGGGAACACUGUGCCUACAGAUGGCUUGGAUGCCUCGGAUCCAAUGAUUGUGAGACAGUAUGAGGUUGUCGCAUCAGAAAAUAUUGUUCGUCACUCAAGCGAUUCAAUGACAGACUCAAAUCCUUCAAUCGUGAGCAGCAAAAGCACAGAGACACUAGUCACCGAGCUGAGUAAUCUCAAUUUCAUCAACAAGGAUAUUGACCCAAACGCGAAAUUAAUGAAGGGCUCCCUUGAGGAAUUAGACGAAGAAGACUGGCGACAGCUAGCUGAACUCAACCAGAUUCGCACACUGGAGGUGCUAGGAGAAGGAAACGGAGGCUCUGUCAAGAAGUGUGAGCUUGCCACUACUCGGCAGGUGUUUGCCCUGAAAACCAUCACUGUUGAUCCGGCACCUAGUUUUCAAAAACAGAUAGUGCGAGAACUCAACUACAACAAAAAGUUCCAGAGCGAUUACAUUGUUAAAUAUUACGGAACAUUCAUUAACUCUGCGGAUGCGUCGAUUUGUAUCUGCAUGGAAUACAUGGGAGGACGGUCCUUGGACGCGAUAUACCGACAGUUCAAGAAAAAAGAUAUGAGGAUUGGAGAGAAAGCAUUAGGAAAAAUGGCCGAGAGCGUGCUUCGAGGCCUCUCCUACCUGAACCAGCAAAAAGUGAUGCACAGAGACAUUAAACCUCAAAACAUAUUACUAGAUUCAAAGGGGAACGUGAAACUUUGUGACUUUGGGGUUUCCGGAGAAGUGGUCAACUCGCUCGCUACUACUUUCACCGGAACCUCUUUCUACAUGGCGCCAGAACGGAUUAGAAAUGAACCUUAUACCAUAACUUGUGAUGUGUGGUCACUCGGACUGACUUUGCUCGAGGGAGCAAUGGGCAUGUUCCCCUUUGCCACGAAGGAUCCAAAUCUGCAAAUAUCUCCAAUUGAGCUUCUCUUGAUAAUAUUAGAGUUUGAACCGGAACUCAACGACGAACCCGAAGAAAACAUCACCUGGUCAGCCAGCUUCAAAGACUUCAUCAAGGUCUGCUUGACUAAGGAAAAUCGCAAACGGCCUAGUCCACGACAAAUGUUAGAACACCCAUGGAUGCGCGGCCAAAUGACUAAAAAGGUUCGUAUGGACAAAUUGGUCCAGUUCUGCUGGGAGGACUAG